UCUUCUCUCUGCCAACCCCAACCGCCUCUCGUCGUCGGUCGAGGCCUUCAUCCAUCCUCGUGCCUCCGUCGCGCCCGGCGUCGCCUCUUGGGGAAGAGGUCUCGUCGCCUUGUUGAUGGCCGUCAUGACCACCCAACUCUCUGAAGGGGUCGCACUGGAGCAAAAGACCAUGCCCGUUCCAUCAUCAGAUACGAUGGCUUUGGAUUUAGACAUCAACGGAAACUCAAAUCACGAUGAGACCAAACUUGACUCCGCGCCCGCUUCUGCUGAUGUUCUCGCUCUAAACAAACCCCUCGACGUGCCGCCGGCGAGUCCCGUCGGAGUGAAUGGUGCCGCAGACGCAAACACCCACUCCUACUCUUCCAAUCAAUCCAUAGACAUGUCCUCCGCUGAUCUGACCUUCGAGUCGCAGCCGACAGACGAUUCCUCUAGACCGGCUGAAAACCCAUCUUCGCCGUCCCAACUCCUAGAGAUCACCACCGCGACCACUGACCUCGCGCUGGCGGCUGACGAUUCGCCUGCCGAUCGACCUCCUCCCUCUUCUUCUGUCUUUGACUCUGCCAUCGACACGGCCGUCGAGGACAGCGCCGCGUCGUCGACCGUGCCCCCGGUUGUCGAGGCUCCCCCCUCCGAUAUUAGAGAUACCGCGCCGCCGCCUGCCACCGCGCAAGAAGCUCCCGCACAACAAGCACAGCCAGAGCAAGAUCCCGCGAGUUCCAAUCCUGCGACCGACCGCGAACCCCCGAAAGCGACAGAGACGGGAGACAAGGCUGCGAGCGAUCUCACUCUUGCCACCGCCACCUCCGCGACCGAUCUUCCUCAACCUUCGAACCACGAUCAACACCCUCCCAAAUCACCUACAGACACAAAGAUGCAAUCAGGAGCAGAGCAGGACCCACCGGCCGCGUCUGCGACGCAGCCCCGCGAUACCGUGAUGGCCGACGCGCCGCCCGCACCGACCAAGGUCGCGCGCGAGCGUGAGGAGGAUCAUGUUGUUGAACCAUCGGCCAAGCGCGCCAAGACAGAGGACGGCGAAGGCGCGUCACCUAGUUUCUCCGCUCCCGAUGCCCAACCUGCGACCCAGAACGGGGAGUCGGCGGCUUCCAAGUCGGAUGACGGACCUAUCACCCCGUACCAGGCCAAAGAGAUCGUCAAGAUCAUCAAGAACUCGCUGCGGACAAUGGGUGGCAAGAACUUUAGAUUGCCAGUGGCGGUUCUGUGGCCUGGUUUCGCCGAAGCCUAUCUCGCAAGGAUCCCAAACCCCAUCGAUCUGAGCACCAUCGAAUCCAAGGUGAAGGAGAACAAGUACUCUUCCAUCGCGGAUUUCAAAGCCGACAUCCACCUCCUACACGACAAUGCGCUCGCCUUCAACGGCGAAGGCCAUACGAUAUCGAAAGCAGCCGUUGACGUCCGAGACUCGAUCCUAGCCAAGGUUGAUGCUCUCCCUACUGAGCCGCCUACGGCCCCCGUGAAGGCGCCUAAGAAGGCAGCAAAGAGAUCGACUCCCGCCGGCGACUCGGUCCCGCGCGGCUCGCAAGCUCGAAGACCCUCCCGAUCGGCGGGCACAGGUCCCGCCGCAGCUCCGGCUCAGACCUUCGCGCUCGACCCCGCGACGAGUACACCCUUGAUCCGUCGAGACUCGACCAAGAACGAGGGCGGCCGACCAAAGCGCGAGAUCCACCCCCCGAAGAACAAGGAUCUUCCCUACUCCUCCGUGAGACCAAAACCCAGAAAGACGGCGACCGAGCUCAGAUUCUGCGAGGAGGUCCUGAACGAGCUGAAGAAGCCCAAGCAUGCUCUGUUUGCUGCCGCCUUCUAUGAUCCAGUCGACCCGGUCGCGCUGAACAUCCCCAACUACUUCACGAUCAUCAAGAACCCUAUGGACCUCUCAACCGUGGGCAAGAAGCUCCAGAGUGGCGCGUAUCAGAAGGCCAAGGAGUUCGAGGCCGACAUCAGAUUGAUACUCUCGAAUUGCUACAAGUUCAACCCCCCGGGGAACCCGGUGCGCGAGAUGGGCAAGCAGAUGGAGUCAUUGUUCAAUGAGAAGUGGUCGCACAAGGACCAGUGGAUCGCUGAACAUGCCCCGGUCGCCCUCAGCCCAUCCAGCUCUGCGGGCAGCGAUGAGGAGGAGAGUGAGGAUGAUGGUGAACCCGAACAGCCCGCCCAUUCGAAUGCCUCGACGGCGCUGUCUGCGCGACUGAUUGAAGAGCAGACAAAGCUCAUCGCUCUGAUCCAAGCCAAGAAGCCGGACCCAGCUCUGAUCCAGAUGCAGGAGGAGAUGGUAGCCAUAGUCCAGAGUAAGAUUGAGCAGGAUAAUGCCAAGAACGCUCUGUCCGCAAAGAAGGCUUCUAAGAAGCUCAAGCCCCCCAAGGCAGCGAAGAAGCCUGUUUCUGCGAAGCGAUCGACCGCAUCCGCCCCCUCCAAGAAGUCUUCCAAUAGCCGCCCGAGAUACCUGGGUACCUUGGAGAAGGAGACCAUCUCGGCCGGACUCGCUUCACUGCCUGAUGACGUCUCAGCCUCUGUCCUCGCCAUGAUCAAGGCCGACAAGCCAGACGUAGAUACUGCUGAUGACGGAACCCUGGAGCUGGACAUUGAUGUAAUCAGUGCUCCAACCCUCUGGAAGAUCCACGCUCUCAUCCUGCAGUAUGCUCCGGAGGUCGAGGAUGAGAUCAAGAAGCAGAUGCAGGAAAAGGAAGCACCCCGCAGCCUGGCCAAGCCGGCCCCCAAGAAGAAGAACAAGCCGAUGAGCAAGACCGAGCAGGAGCGCAAGAUCGAGCAACUCCGAAACUCCGUCCAGGAAUUUGAGAGACAAGGUUCUGGCUCAAUGGAACCUGUCAUACCCAGUAAGUUGACUCCGAUGGGCAAGAUGGAGUUCAGCGGCUUAUUCUUAGAUCGCGCAGCCGUCGAACAACCAGAAUCUAGCGGCGAUGAAGAUUCCGACGAUUCCGAGGAGGAAUGAGCUCGAUCGUUCAACG